AUGUCCCUCGACAGUCUCAAUGUCACCCGUACCCAUCAUCACGAUACAUAUCCAGCAAUAUCUCCUAUCAAACCCUCUCUCAGCCAAGCUGGUAGGGCAGUUCUUAUCACAGGGGGUGGUGGCGGAAUAGGCUUCGAAAUCGCUCGGUCUUUUGCAAAAGCGAGCGCCUCUAAAAUCGUUAUUGUGGGACGUAGAGGUGCCGUUUUAGAUGCUGCAGCAAUUAAGUUGCGAGAAGAGUUCAAAGGCACAACCACUGAAUUCAUCGCUCGCCAAGGAGACAUCGGAGACGACGCUUCUAUCUCCUCCCUCUGGGAUUUUCUGAAUUCUCAGAACAUAUUUAUACGCGUUUUGGUCCUCAACGCUGCUCAUUUUUACCCACUUGGGCCUGAUACGCUGAAAAUGGAUAAACGAGAGCUCAUGGAAGGGUUUAAUGUCAAUGUCGGCGGUAAUUUCCUCAUGACUGUCAACUUUGUAAACCAGCCCUUGCGCCCCGCGGGUCAGCAACUCAACCUGAUAAAUGUCUCCACGGGUAGUAUUCACAUGAUUCCAGCCCCGAAUCAGACCCCAUACGCGGCGAAUAAAUCAGCAUUCACUGCGCUCAUUGGAAGAAUUGCUGAUGAACACCCCGUUGAAGACAUUCAGAUCAUAUCCUACAAUCCAGGCGCUCUUUACUCAGAAGGCGUUGCGAAGGUUGUAGAUGAAAAUAUUCUCAAAUGGGAUAAAAUGGAAUUACCAGCUGACUAUGCUGUCUGGGCAGCGUCCCCGGAGGCGUCCUGGCUUCAUGGCCGCUUUUUGUGGGCACAUUGGGACGUCGAUGAACUCAAAGCGGACAAGGACUUUUUGAAGAGACUGGACUCGGAAAAAGGUUUCCUACGAGUAGCAGUCCAAGGAUCACGGGAGCUUUCUUUGGAGGCGUUUUUAAACAAAUAG